AAUCUCAUUGCGUGUAUGUGUGCAACAUUUUAAGGCGCAGAGUUCUGCGACGGCAACGACAGCUGAUCCAUGUGAUUAUUUACCAGAAGAAAAAUGAACGUUCGUUUACAAUAGCGGUUGCACCUCGUUAACCGAAGAAGCUACGUUAUUCUCUUCAAAUAUGGGAUGUUGCUACAGUUUCUGUAAAGAGGACAGCGGUCCGCAGGGUGGAGAGGCAAACGAAAGAACACAUUUGCUGGUAGAUCCUGUUAGUAAUAACACAAAUAUACCCAGAGUACAGAGUGAUGACUAUGUCAACCAGUAUGCAAGCUCUGUGCCUAAGAAGACAGAUGAACAAAGUGCAUUAAAUAGAAUUUUACAUGAAACUGCAGCCAAUGUCAUAGAUGUGGGAGCGUUAGAUUCACAUAAUUUAGAACAACAUGAAUAUAUGGAUAGGGCACGCGCAUAUUCAAAGAGAAUAGAGUCAGGAAGAAUUAUGCUUCCUGAAGUCUCAUCCUUCUUCCUCAAGGACAUACCAGCGCCAGAGCGAAUAUUAGCGGCUGAGCCCCUCACUAGUGGAGAUCAAGAACUGAUUACAGAAAUGCUCAACAAGGCUGUGACAGCACUAAACGAAGUAAAAGUUGAACAUAAGGAGGACUUAGUAGUCCCAUUUCUCUCGUGAUCGAUAAUUAUCUCUGAUAUUCACUUAUAAUCUCAUCUCUCAUCUGACUGGAGCUUCAACGUCGCGCUGCAUUAAAGAGUAUAUAUCUCUCAGAAAAAAUAUAAAUCGGCCUAAGGCCAAAUUGCAAUUUUAGCCUUUGUUAAGAGAAGGAAUCCAUUGUAAUGAUUAAGAUGUAGUAUAUUAUACAAAAUGUUACAAUAUACAUAUUACACUAUAUAUAUAUAUAUAUAUUACAAUAUAUAUAUAUUACUAUACUUGCUGUAAACCAUGGCUUUGUCUGAUCGUGGGUAGGUACCUCUCUCUUUUACUCUUGAAACUUAGGAUUAAGAAGUGCGCCGUAAAUCUCUCGCACAGUUUAUUAUCUCUCAUAGUGCAGUUUUUAUGUGAAAGAUUACUUUGUUACCGUAGUUAUUCUUUAUUGGCAUACAUAUAUCCGUAAAGGCGAAAAAUACUAUUUUAUCAUUGUUCAAUAAAUACUAUUGUCACAGACAA